GCGUCAGUGAAUCAGUGCCUUAGUUAGUCUCCAUUACUGUGUCAUCACGUAAGGAUUGAUAAAAGUAACGCCUCGUCUUAUAUUUCAUCUUUCACUUGAUGUGCACCGCUGAGAAUUGAAAGCGUUGUUGAGUAAUAUUGGUUACUAAGAAAGUUUGUGAAGGAGGUAAAGAAGAGAAGGAUUGUCUGAUUAAUAUGCGAUCAGUUAAGAAGAAAUACUGCAAGGUUGAUAUAGAUUUCUGAGAAGUCAUUGAAAAGAAGAAGAAGAAGAAGAAGAAGAAGAAGAAGAAGAAGAAGAAGAAAGGGAAAAAAAAGCUACAAAGAGAUAUUCUGAGCACAAAUCAAAUCAUAUGUUAUCACAUCAUUGCAUACACUACAGAAUCUCACUCCAAGAAAUAAUGAAAUACAUUAGCUGAGACUAACAGUUAAGAGUAUCAACAAAUAACCGUGUAACUACAUGCGAUCAUAAUUCCACAACUUUACAAUCAUAGCGACUCCACCUGCGCUUCCUACUGUCAACCUCUGAUGUGGCUGUACAGGAAUCCCUUAGUAGUGGUGGUGGUGGUGGUGAGUCUGUGGAUGAAGACAGUAUGGGCUAAGACUGACUCUCCUCCACAACCCAGACACUUCACUGUCUAUGGAUGUGGAAGCGACAAGACUCAAGUUCAGAAUGUGAGGGUCGGUUACCUCAAGAAUAAAACAAGAGGUUUUUUCAUUGGUCUCAGCGGCACGUACGCCCAGACCAAGACAAGUUUUGUGACCCAAUCAUCGCCGGCGUGCUUGCUUCCCCCUGACGUGCUCUUCUGUGCCCUGCCCACCACUAAUACAAGCAAUCUGGUCACUCUAACAUUUCACCCGCUUGAAGACCCAGAACUGGAAUCUGGAAAGGAUGAUUUAGCUGGUACUGAAGUGGACAAUGCGACAGAACAAGUACGAAGCGGCGAGGAGAGAUCGGGGAAUGUGACAUGUGACUUCAACCUCAAUGAUGUGCUCAAACUUCAGAUAUCUGGAUACUGCUUCAUCUCAUGCCAGGGUGAUGCAGCCGCCAAUAAGCUGUGGAGGGAGUGGUUCGAGGAAGUGAAGGUGGUUGAGGAAGAAAAUGCCCGCACAAGGACUUACACAAUUAUCGGCGUGGCUUGCGGAACGAGCGCAGUGGUGGUUGCCAUCUUGGCGUGUGUCUUGUACCGCAUUUGCUCUGGACGUUCUAGUUUUGCUCCCUACCAGUCAAGACGCAGACCCUCCAACACUUCUGGGAUGCGCACUGCCUCCACUACCUAAUGACCACCUUCAGGCCCAGCCCUGGGGCCUGGAUAGCCUUGCAUGAUGCUUAUUGUUUGACUGCUGUGACUUCUUUACAAGUUUAAUAAAUCAAGUUUUAAAAAUCUUACAAAAUAUAUAUGUCUAAAUAGUAAAUUAAUUACAGGUUUAAAAAAAAAUGUCAUUCUUGCCAUCUCUUGAUCUAUUAUACUAUACUACAAUCCUUACUCUUAAAACAAUUUGGCCUUUCAUUGCUUGUACGUUGUUCCCAAUCAAGCACUGUCCACUACCCAAGUCUCAAAUGACUUAAACCAGUUGAAGAAUGGAACACCAUUUAGAGUUCCUAAGCAUAUUACAUGAAGUCAUCAAACCCACAUGGAAACCUUCUCUCUGGCUGCCAGUCUGUGUUUAUGCAUGUGUGUGUGUGUGUGUAUUCACCUAAGGUCACCCAGCCAACCAGUCCCUUACAGAAAUAGCUCAGUGCUCGUUCUGAGUUACAAAAAAGUAGCCAAGAAUGGUAGCACUAUAUUAAAACCAUACAUAGUGAAAGGUAAAGAAAAAAUGCAGUAAAGACUGACUUUAUUGCAUACACUGAUUUCACCUGAAAGCUUAACCUUAAUGGCACAUAUUGAAAACCAAAAAAUAUUAAAAAAGUACCACAAGUUUUCUGAACUGAUAACUAUAAAUGGGAAAAAAGUUAUGUAAAACAUAAAAAUGGAAUGUGGCAUAACACUGUAUUCCAAUUGCCAUCACCAGCUGGUUUUGUUUCCCUUAUGAAAAAUUGAUCCAUGCAAACAAAUAGUAAAAAAAAAUGUAAAUGUCUACAAUAUAUAAUUAAAUAAACUUCCUAGAGCUGAAGACUAGAGAAGAAACUUUUGGAAAUAAAUAACAAUGGAAAAACAACAAAAUACACUACUUCACUACUGAUAAUACUAUUUUCGUUCAGUGGACAGCUACACAGUAGUAAUUAAUGAAUCCCAAAAUAACAUUUAGGCAGAAUGUAAUGACCUUAAUAUCAAUGAACUCUAUACUAUUCUUAUUUUUAAGGCACACUUAGCUUACACAUACUGAUUUAGCAUGGCAAGAUGCUCUUCAAUUUCACAACAGGUAGAUGUGUGUGUGUGUGUGUGUGUGUGUGUGUGUGUGUGUGUGUGUGUGUGUGUGUGUGUGUGCGCUUCAAUAUCACCUGUGCGAGGUCCACUGAUUUGUCUCCCAAUCUAAAUAAGGUUUGGAGAAGAGAGCAAUGACUUAUCAGGAGGCUAAAGCAAACAAAAUGUUGGCAUAAUGUAAGGUAUUCAAAAUUGCAUAUUAUAUCUAGUACAUAAUACAUUGGGCAUGCAAAUAUUGGCAUGUAAUCAGGAGGUAAACUGAGGAGAGACACUCCCUCAUGAGAGGCUCAACAUUUGGUUUGUGAUGGUUGAUCAUGAAAGUAAGUGUUAAUAAAUUGCUCUCUUGUUGCUCACACACAAAAUCUAUGGAAAUUUACAUAGGUAGAUAUUCUAAUUUCAAAUACAAUAUGAAUUAACUAC